AUGGCGAGCUUUGACAUCGCAACAAAGGCCAACCUGGCAUCGGUACUGCCAGCCCUGGUGAUGGCAAUCCAUAUCCAGCAGGAGCAAACGUCACUCAUUCCUACUGUGUCGAAAACCUUCCACAAUGGUGAUACUCUCCCUAGCAAAGAGACAAUUCAAAUGGCAUCUCUCGACGGCAAGACUUUAUCUGGGAAGGCAAUCAUUCACUAUCUUGCAGAGCUAGCCAGCAGCACGGAAGCCAAGGGAAACCCUAGGCGUGCAGCUUCUAUUCAAGAAUGGGUCGAUAGAAGCGAGAGCUUCUUGGCUACCGACAUGAAGAUCUUGCGCAACUCCCUUUACGAGUUGAACAGUCAUCUCACGUUGCGGAGCCAUAUCGUGGGUUACAGCCUGACUGUUGCCGAUUUGGCCGUGUGGGCAGCAAUUCGAGGCAAUCGAAUAACCCAUUCCCUGAUCAAGCAAAAGCCGAUUCAGGAAAAUGCCCAUAGAUGGUACACCUAUAUCGAAGAAUCCAACCUAUGGCUGUCAGAAGCAAUCGCGGAGCUUACGAGCUUUGAAGUGAAAGAACGCGCCGCAGGAAGUGCUAAGGGAGCGAGUCUCGAUAUCGAUAUACCACAUGUCGACGGACCCAUGGUAACAAGAUUUCCGCCUGAACCUUCUGGAUAUCUACAUAUCGGUCAUGCGAAAGCGGCUCUGUUGAAUGACUACUGCGCCCACAAAGGUGCUGGGACCUUACUAUGCAGAUUCGAUGACACAAAUCCAACGAAAGAAUCCAUGGAAUUCCAGGAUGCUAUUUUGGACGACUUGAAGUUGAUGGAAAUUAUCCCUGAGAAGACAUCGUACUCUAGCGAUUAUUUCCAGGAGAUGUAUGAGUAUGCUAUCCAACUUAUCACAGCCGGGAAAGCAUUCGCGGAUGAUUCAGAAUUGGGCAAAGGCGAUAAGGACCGAAAGAACAGGCUCCCGUCCAAACGGCGAGAUCUCGGGAUUGAGGAAACUCUUGAACACUUUGGUGAGAUGAAGACUGGCUCUGAAGAGGGUCGGCGAUGGUGCCUUCGCGCCAGGAUUGCAUACGAUAGCCCUAAUGGCACGAUGAGAGAUCCUGUCAUCUACAGAUGCAACGUCACUGCGCAUCAUCGAACAGGCACGCAAUGGAAGAUAUAUCCGACGUAUGACUUCUGUGCCCCUAUUUUGGACUCGAUUGAGAACGUCACUGUUGCCUUACGUACAAAUGAAUAUCGUGAUCGCAAUGUUCAAUAUGAAUGGAUGCAAGAUGCUUUGGGGCUGCGAAGAGUACCCAUCUGGGAUUUCUCGCGAAUGAAUUUUGUUCGUACUGUGCUUUCGAAGAGAAAGCUCACCAGAACUGUCGCUGAUGGGAAGGUCUCGGGCUGGGAUGACCCUCGGAUGCCAACAAUUCGAGGCAUCUUGCGACGAGGUAUGACAGUCCCGGCAUUGCGCGAAUUUAUCCUCCGACAAGGGCCGAGUCGCAAUAUUCUCAACCUUGAAUGGGGGGCGCUUUGGGCACUUAAUAAGAAAUACAUCGAUCCCAUUUCUUCUCGUCAUACAGCUAUCGCUCAGGAAAAUAUGGUGACUUGCCACGUAGCUGGAGUGGAGCACUCGACCGUGGCUGAGAAGCCAAAGUACCUCAAGAACCUUGAUCUGGGUACGAAGAAAGUGCUGUAUGACAAGACAAUCCUCCUCGAGCAAGUUGAUGCCCAGAGCCUGGCGGAUAAUGAGGAAAUUACCCUAAUGAACUGGGGGAAUGUCUACGCGCGACAUAUCCACCAGACUGAGCAGCCAGACGAGACAGGACAGCGUAAGGUUACUGGGAUAGACUUCGAAUUGCAUCUGGAAGGCGACUUCAAGAAGACCAAAAAGAUCUGCUGGCUCGCAGCUGUGAGCACCAACAUGAUUCCAGAAUGUUAA